UUGCGACUGUUUUGGAGGCUUUUUCAAAAUGGAGUAGUGCUACUAGCUGUAAUUUUUAAAAAACAUUACUUCUGAUUUUUCCCGUUCCUUAAGUUAAACGGGGUCUUUCUAGAAUCAGAACUCGCAAUUCUUACAAAAUGACUGAGGAAAAGAAAUUGGGCUCUUUGGGUUUCUUUACAAGUUAUGACGAUUUGAGCGACAGUAGCAGCGACUCGGACGAAGAGGGAGGCGGUAGAAAGAGGAAAGCGGAGUCAGAGGCGCAAGGAAGCGGAUCACAGUCAUCCCAGCAGACGGCCAAGCAAACGGCCGGUGGAGGAGCUCCUUUACCCAGACCUGACGAGGUGUUCAACUCCGUGUCCAAGCCAACUUUUCUCUACAACCCACUGAACAAGCAGAUAGACUGGGACAGUCUGGCGGUCAAAGCCCCGGAAGAGCCUGUCCGAGAAUUUAAACCAUGGAAGACCAACGCUGUGCCACCCCCUGAGAGUUACACUGCAGAGCCGGAGAAGAAGAAGGGGCCACCUCCAGGAAUGGACAUGGCAAUAAAGUGGUCCAAUGUGUACGAGGACAACGGCGCAGAUGCUCCACAGGCGUACACUGGCAAAGCCCGCUUCCUGCCCGCAGAGGAACAGCUCUCUGACUCAGAUGAGGAGUCACAAAAAUCUGGUGUAUCAUCCAAGAAACGCAGAGUGGAGACAUUCCAGCAGAAGGAGAAGAGGAAGAGGGACUUGGGACAAGCCACCUCUGACAAGAACUUUGUGGAGGAGGAGAAAAGGAUCCUCAGGCAAAAUAUUGAGUGAACCACACUUAGUUUGUGGUUUUGGGGUUUUACAUCAACAUAAAUGUGGCAUGCCACAAACAUACAUGCUCAUUUUACCCACAUGUUGACAUAUGAUUUGUGGAGACGAUUCUUUUCAAAUGUUGUUUGAAAAACUUUUGGAAUAUAAAAGAUUCAGGCUGGAAACUGCAACAAUUUUGGGCACAAAAUUAACCAAGUUCGCUAAUGAAUUUAAACACCUGCCCUCUUCCAAAACCAUGUGGAUCAAAAUCCCUGAACACUGCUGUAUUCGAUGCAGAAAAAAACAGAGCAACACCAAACAGCGAGUUGCUGCAUGUGUGAGAUCUUUGCUUUAAUUUGCUUGGAUUUCUCAGAUGUUGGUAACAUAAAUAGGAAUGAAAGCCAAAACUACAGAAGUAUUUGGGUCUGAAUGUGGGUUCAGCCUGAUGUGACAGGCUGAACAGAAAGCUUGCUUAGUUGGCUUAAUGGUAUGGAAUCACUGUGAUGUUUGGCUGUUGUAACUUAUCUGUGGUUUGUUGUUAUAUUGUAAUAAAUCUCCUGCAUGUAUGAGUGUGUUGAUCCCAGGACACUCUUUUAAACAAAAGCCUAAAAUAACUGUAAAUCUGUUGAAAUGAGAAAAACACUCGUCCUUCCUUCUGAUGGGCACCAGGUGUCCCACUUUAGUUGCUCUAGAGGUCCCCCAGUAUUUGUUGUGAAGUUGGGAGUCUAUAUCUUUAUUUGUGUGUUUAGUGUCUCUGUGAAAUAGGACACUGAUUUUAAGUCUGGAAGUUUCUCGUCAUAUCUUAGACAAAUGUUUCAUGAAUACUGUUUUUUGGGGGGGGUAUUUUGCUAUUCUCAGCACUGUGCUGAAAUAAACAAAAUAAACACCCUUUGGACAUU